CCCGCUUCCAACUUGUGGCACACAAACCAUCGCUGGAAAGGAUUUCUUCAUCGCACAAAAUGAAGAGUGUCUGUCCGAUUGGAAUUAAUAGGCCAAGGUUGCCGAAAUAUAAGACCGCCGACCACUUCUCGAUGACAGACUUAGGACGAUCCCAUUCCACCGAUGAACCACUGUUACGGGCCGCUUCCCAUGCGUGAUUUUUGGGGACCCAGCGAUGCACCACAGAUCCCCUUCGAGGGUGACCCGUUCCCUUACCUCCCAUGUGAUGUUCAAGAUGAAGGGGUAGCUUUCGAUUCAAAUCAUGCUUCUUACGAAUAUGAUUUCCCGCCUAUUCACGCCACAAGCGACGCCACGAAUGUGCCAAUUAGCGGAUUGGCAUUUCCUAUCAACAUCGCUUCAUCACCCUCACCGCUUCCCGAACAUCCGGUUCCGAACCAAGGCUGGGUAGAAUCACUCCGUUCCCACAACUUUCUAUUACCUGCAGUAAAUUAUUCGGGUGCCGUCUCCAAUCCAUUUGCGAUUUCCUUGGGCAUGAAUAACGCAAACACUUAUAUAUCGGUCCCCGAACAGCGGCGUGAAUCCGAGCCACGGUAUCUGGUCCCAAAUGAGACUCAUACCCAUGACAACUUCAUCCCUUGUAUGGGCCUCCAAUUGGAUAUCCCAGGUAGUGGAACGGUCUUCCUUCCCGAAGAAGACCCCGAUCGGUAUGACCUCGAGGAAGUUUUCAGCAUGUUCUACCAAGGGAACAGAAACCUUCAGAGAAUGUCGCCGCAGCUCAUUGAAGCGACCCUGGGCAUCCCCUCAGACUCUAACGAUUCCCAACACCUGAUAUGUUCCCAGAACAAUGAGCGUCAGUCGGACCAGGACUCAGCCACUCUCGACGCCCUUUCCGCGCAGCCGCAGAUACCAUCAAGCCCUUCUACACUAGCACAGUCGCCAGAUGCUUUAUCGGAACCUGCUACAAGCCUCUCGGCACCUCAGAGAGACCGUGGCAUCCCUUCCACUUCUAGACCCAGACUUCUGGUGGCUCCUCCGGGUUUCAGUCAUUCGCAUAUCCUGGUCAUUACCAGCAACCCUGAGUCAUUGCCGGCAUCGCUGUGGGAUGGAGCGCGGCUUGCCGAACUGGAGAAGGACAUAAGGUUGAAGGCCUUGGAUAUCGAAUCCCAAAUACCAAGCAGUCAAGAUAGCAGUUCACGCGAUUUCAAUCAGAAACGACAGCGAGUCGAUAACCAACCCCAGUCCAAUGGCACGCAAAAAGUCUCGAAAGCCAGCGGCGUACCGACAAUAAGCUCCUAUCCUGCUCUGUUUCCAUGUCCUGCUUCUGUUCCAACUUCAGAUCCUCUCCCAAGUGCCAUGCCUCACAGCCGUGUUCCUAAGCGCAAAGCGAAUGCCGAACGACAAGCCACUAGUCAAAUCAAGAAGGAGAGCACUUGCUUACUAUGCCGAGUAAUGAAGGAAAAGUGUAGCGAUGGCACACCAUGCCUACGAUGCGUCAGAGUAUUGCAGAAUGAGAGAUCGAUACUACGUGUGCCAUGUCAGCCAGCAACACUAGACGAUAUUGAGCUUUAUAGGCGGCGCACUCAAAUCGGUCUUUUCGUUUAUUAUUACGAGCAGAGCAGCGAAUCGGAUCUGCCACGGCGCAGCGCGAGUAUCAUCGAUACCAAUCCACUGGAAUCACAACUAAGUCAAAACUGCCCACUGACGGUCGCUGAUACGUUCGCGGUUCAUGAGUUUGGGAACUUGCCACCCAAACAUGCACCAACUUCAGAGGACUUGAGCAAGAGUAGUGUUCUCGCCCGAUACUUGGAGUUGCACUUGGCAUCCAUCAUCGAGACGCUGGGCACAAACAACAACUUCAUUGCUACUACUCUGAAGGUAGCUGAGAAGUAUAGCAGGCCAACAGGGUCGAAGACACGUACAAUGUUACGGCAUGCUUUGUACAUCUUUGCCGCAAGAUUCCUACGCCGGACCUACUGGGUACAGGUUGAUACAGUGACUGAGAACUACAGAGUAGCAUGGAUGGACGCGCCGUGGCGAGCGUUGCCUGUUUCAACACCAAGGUCACUUGCUGAAGCAGAGACUCUCAACGACAUACUGAAAGAUCACUUGCGCUUCCUGGAGAAGUCCGUCAUCCACGCCUUCACCAAGAAGAUUUAUGCUAGGAAAAAGGAGGACUGGUUUGAGAUCUUUCUAGUGACCUUCAUCUUCCAAGUCAUCCUCAGUGAGAAUCUCGAGAUGAGCUUUUACAGUCAUUUCCCAGGGCUCGAGAAGCCCAUCGAGUGCCCCUGGUCAACGUUUGGAGGGCUUCGAAGCUAUUCCUCCAAGAGAAUUGCUUCUUACUUUUCCGCAAUCAAUGGUCGUGAUCCAUUCUUGAAGCCCGGUGCUAGAGCAUGGGAAGGCUUCGGGGACACCGAGCGCACGUACUUGGAUCAGUGCGGGAUUCUGUUGAAAGAGGGCUAUACAAAACGGGAUGAUUUGGGAUUCCGCAGGUCGGCUUCAAUGGGAGAUGCUGAUUCUCCGGGGAGUUGGUGGAAAUGGGCCGUGGAAACGAUUCUUGGGAACGGCUAG